ACUCCUGACCAGGGUGGUUGAUGGGAGUGUAAUUGUUUUUAACGAUAGCCUGAUUAUGGUUCGCUAUUGUUAUAUCAGUGCUCUGGUAUGGUAAAUGGAUAAAUGCUCUCGGCUGGAGCUUGAUCAGGCAUUUCAUUUUCAAAGUGGACCAUUGAGAGAGUCGGCUUAUAUUGUUUUUGCAUUAUGAUUUACUUGGGUAAUAAGUUCCCUGAGGGAUAUUUCAACACCUCUUUGUGUGUCUUUGACACUUGCUAACACUUCUUCAGUUCGCUGCAUUGGUAAGUUCUACUCCAUAAAGCAGUAUACAAGGAGAAUGGAUGGAUGACAUUUUUGGGAAUGGAUUCUUUCCUGGUAGUGAUAUCACUCACAUGUAUGUCUUGCGAAAGCAAAGCUAUAUUCUAGAUUCCUCCACACUCAUCAAAGUUUUUCUGACAGUAACUUAAGAAACCUACUGUACAUUGCCACCUGUAGCAAAAGCUUCUAACACAUUGUUGAACCACCAAAAGACAUAUGUCUCUUGAGCUCUUGUACAGUAUCUUUAUCCAUCAAGGAAUAAUAAAGCCUCCUGACUGAUUAUGUCACCCUCUUGCCAAAUUUUCAACGGUAUAAAUAGAAGCCCAGCAUCCACAGUCGUUGUUCUCCCUUUCACCGAAUCAGUUGCAGCAAUAAUCAGAUUUGACAGGUUGGAUAUUUGUAAUAUCCUCCCCUUACGCGACAGAAUUUAACCGUAAACUUGACUUGAACUAAUUCCUGGACGAGUCAUGCAAACAAUACCUAUGGGUAGGUAUAUCAUCUGAUCAAGCCUGUUGUAAUGGGUUUAAGCAUUCCCUAUUCGACAGGAAGUGGCCGCUUUUCGCGAUGGUUUACGGUAGUAAUACACUGGACAAUGGCAACCGUACUUCUUAUCGUUAGAGAGAAAUACAUUGGACAACGCUUGUUGAAAUGCUGAUCUGAUCUUGUGAGAACAUAUUAGUUUCCUGUAGUAGUCCUUGGCUGGUAGACAUCUGUCAAUAUACAGGAAGUAUUUCUUUUUUACCUUUCUCAAGACAUUGGACGCUGUCCUGAAGAUAUCAUAACUUGUCAAAUCAUCUGGAUUUAUAUUUCUAUCCUGCAAGUUGGAACUGAGAUUUAUCAUGGUCAAUGUUUGUGCCUUGUCUACAUAUUUCCUCAAGUAUGAAUAUUGGUGGAUUGUCUCGAAGAAUCUUUUGUUAUGUUAAUGUUGAUGAUGUCCUUCAAGAAAUUGGAAGAGUUUUCACCCCGGAUAUCAUCAAUACAAAUUGAAGGACUUUGUUGAGUCACUGAGUAUUUAAAUGAUAACAAAGCAAAGAUGAGCAUUCUGUAGUAACAAAAAAAAAACAAUCGGCAGCAACUUGUCAGUGCAGUUGUAGAAUAUCUUUCCAAGGUUUCCAAACUCCUAUGUAGAAAGUAAAUCAACUGUAAUAUGAUGAUCAAUAACGGUUCUGUGAAACGGAAAAACAACAGACGGAAUAUGCGUGUAAUGCAUAAUACUUGGGCACAUGAUUAUCAGUUUGAUUUAUCUCGAGGGACAGGUAAUGUGAUGAGAGACAAGCUGAUAAAAAGCAGUGGUGGAUUGGGGUAUUCCCAAUCUAUGCGUGAGAAAACAAGACCAAACUCAAUCCUCAAUUCAACUAAACCAUUCCAACCGAUGCCAUUCCAGUCUCAGGGUAGCUCAUCUGAUGUGCGGUCACCUCUUGGUAAUGCUGGUAUUGAGCUGGGCAAGUGGCACUGGAACCGAGUCGCCAUAAAAUUGGGGGUGAAGACCAUCGAAGAGAAUGAGGAGAAUGAUGGCGGACCUGGAAGCCCUCCUAAAACUGGACUUGGUAACAACAACAUCAGUUAUUCUGUGGAGUCAUUGGAUGAGGUUGGUGCAUCAACGGAGACAUGGGAGUUUAUGGAAGAUGAGGACUUGGUCACUCAAGGACCUGAACCAGAGUCAUGGAGUGUCAUGGCAGAAAAGAAGACCAUGAAGAAGAUGAGUAGUAAAGAAAUCAAACGUCAGGAUGUAAUCUUUGAAUUUAUCAAGACUGAAAAGCAUCAUUUAAGGACACUGAAAAUCAUGCAGAAGAUUUUCAGUUAUGGGAUGCAGAAUGAACUGCACAUGGACCAGGGACUUAUUAAGAAAGUAUUUCCUAUGUUAGAUGAGAUCGUUGAUAUUGCUUCAAAGUUCUAUGACAGACUUCAGAAGAGACAGAAGGAAGCUGAAGUCAUUGAGAGAAUAGGAGAUAUCCUCGUUGAUCAGUUUGAUGGUGAGAAUGGGGACAGGAUGAUGAUGGCCUACGGAUGUUUGUGUAGUCAACAAAAUGAAGCUAAAGCAGUCUAUAAAGAUCUCACCAAGACAGAUAAAAGAUUCCAGGCUUUCAUCAAGAAAUGCAGUACCAAUGCCCUAUGUAGGAGAUGGACCAUACCAGAAUGCAUUCUUAGUGUCAGCUCUAGACUCACCAAAUAUCAGCUUCUUAUAGAGGCUAUCAUUAAACCAACCAAAGCAAUCAAAGCCACUGACAAAAUAGACACACAUGACCUUACAAGGGCAUUGGAAUUGGUCAAGGCAAUAUGUCAUGAUGUUAACAUGCAAGUACAAGAGAGAGAACGAUGGCAAAGACUAAUGGAGAUAUACAACAAAACAGAAGCAAGGUCUACAGGAACGCUCAAAAGUGGCAAGAAAUUCAAGAAAUCUGAUUUACUUGCAAAUCGCAAGCUAAGACAUGAAGGUGAACUUUAUUGGAAGAAUGCAAGAGCUAAACUGACUGAAGUUCAUGGGGUGCUUCUAACGGAUGUUCUUCUCCUUCUCACUGAGAAUAAUGGAAAGUAUACAUUCGCCUCACAGGAUAACAAGCCUCCUGUGAUCCCACUGUUCAAGUUGAUGGUUAGAGAUGUAGCUAUUGAUCCAAAGAGCGUUUACCUCAUCAGUCAGAACAAGGCUGGUCCUGAGAUGUAUGAAGUCAUGUGUACGUCUGAACAUGCUCGAGGAGAGUGGAAGAAGCGGCUGUUAGAAGCCAUCGAACAAUGUCCAGCAGAUGAUCCAGUUGACUCAGGAAUAGACAAUAAUAAUGAGGAAGAAGAAAAGAAGAAAGCUGAAGAGAGGGCACUCAGAAUGAAGAAACUUCUUGAAAUGAUGCACGCUAAAGAUAAGGAGCUAAACAGUAUCAUCUCAGAUAAGAUGAGGUUGGUUGGAGAACUCAAGGAACUUAUUGUCAAAGAAGAUUCCCUUGGAUCGCUGAAGAUUCCAUUGAUCUCACAACAAGACACUCGGAUUGACCAGACAAGAGAUAUUAUCCUUGCUGCAAUGAAGGAAGUUGACCUACUGACCCGGUCAGUCUACAGUGGUGGUAGUGUCCGAGUAAGUCGGAGUGCGAGUAGCGUAGGUGAGAUGGUGAGCAGUGCUGGCACUGCUUCCUCUCUCCCCAGAAGAGCAGAAACGUUCAGCGGCUUUGACAGUGCACAGAAUGGCAACUCAAAUAAGAAGCGUUUAGCUGUAAUCCCAGCAGAGGCCAAUACCAGAAGCAGCAGCUUCCCGAACCUAACCGGUACUGCCUCUGAACAGCUUGCUAACUUUAGCUCUCCUUCUGAAGCUGACGAGAGAGAGCAAGAAGAAGAGACGGAGGAUAAGCGGACUCCUAGUGAUUUGAUAUCACCUCUACCUAGUCCAGGUCAUAGACCUGUCAGGGAAGCUUCUUUACCGGUAGGCAGGAAUAGAGGCAGUGAUGUCAAUAGAAGGAGAGCAUUCACGCUCACGGGUGGAGUGGAACUUCCUUCAGCCAUUCUUGAGAAAGAGAAACCUGAUUUACCAGAGGGCCCAAUAUCAGCAGAUGCUGUAGAGAAAAUCUGUGAUAAUCCAUCAGCCUUGGAACAUGUUGAUGCUGCUACGCAGAUACUAGAACAUCUCAACUCUCUAUUGAAAAUAACGGUCAAUCAGGAUACUGCCUUCCAAACCUUGAAGACUCAACUGCUUGAAGCCCAACAUAAACUUGAGGCAUUCAACAGCACUCCAACCAUCAGCACUUCCGGUCCGUCUCCCAUGGAGAAGAUGCGUGAUAGUCCACCCAUAAUCAGAAUGGAUCCUGCUGGCCAGGACACUAGGGGGUCUAUCAACAGAGGACUGGUCAAUACAACCAAUGAACGAGUUACAGAGGUUGCAGCAACAGAGAAGGCAAAGGCAAAUGGUGAGAAGCCAGGAAGAUCAUCACCAUUGCAUUUGUCAGGAAAGACAAACCAUGCAGGGAUGAGGCAUUCAGAGAGUAGUCCAAGAGUCAAUGAUCAUAACUUAACCAGGAUAGCAUACGGAGAUAUGAUCCCAUCCAACAAUCAUCUCUACAUUACACAAGAAGGAGAUAAAAACAAGGACAUGGCUAGGAAGAACUCUGCCCCUUCUCCCCUACUACAAGAUAAGAUGAAUGCUUAUAACUCCUCUCCCAAGACUAGCCCCAGGAGAACUGAAGAGGGCGAUAGAACAGUCACGUCAUCAUCGUCGAUUAUUCGUAGGAAUGUUCCGCAGCACCUGCUUAGUACCACCAAUCAGAUUAACACCUCUGGUCAGGUCAGGCAGAAACUACCGUUAAAACUAUCCAACAGCCUGGCCAGUACCAAUAGCGCUGUCGUCCAACAAAUGCUGCCAAAGAAACUGGAAUCCCUUUCGGCAACGUCGUCGAAACCAAACAAAAAUGCGAAUGCUCAGCCGCAGCCAACGUCAGAUUCAGAUGUGAUCUUCUUUUGAUGUUGAGAGGAUGGAUAUUUUAUGCAUUGUUGAAUCCAAAGCAUCGGUCAGUGAAAUAUUGUGAAAGUCUUGCUGAGAUGGAGUUGAUUGGACUAAACUGUUUUGUAAGAUUAUUGUUAUUCUGGAAUAUCUUGGACCUCAUUUUAAGAAGUACUUUAAACUCUAUUUACUGCAGAGCAGUAGCUGGAUUAGAAAUCAGUUCACAAUUUGCAACUAUUAAACUACAUCAUCAUGUUUUAUUACAAGCAUACAGCAUUGUAAGAUAUUGAAUAUUUUCUUAGUGUAUGGAACAAUUUUUUCUAUUUUUGCAAUUAUUCACACACCCGAUCAUCUCUACCAACCUUUGACAUAUAAGUGUUUGUGGAGCAUUUGAAAUACAUUAACUUGAAAACAGAUUAUUUAGAAAAAAAUCCACUUUUGAUAUUGUUGGUAUCCUGACUGUAUUCCUUUUUAUACUCUUCAGCUAUCAUAAUGCCUAAGUAUAUCACCUUCAAUAUCCUUUUGAAUGUUUCAUCUUGUUAAUUAUUUUCAGACAUGUAUUCUCUCAAAUGAAAUCAUGAAAAAACAAGUGAUUAAAAGCAUAUGGAGUGUGAAUAAUCAGUGAGAUAUUCUGACUAUAAAUCUUCUGGUGACUGUUUUCAGUCUAAUUCCCUGUCAUGUGUUCAUCUCUUUCUCUUGCAAUAGAUAUCAGAAAAUAUGAGAAUUCAAAUCAUUCCAAACAAUUCAACAGCAACAGGGUCAUAUUCUUUAUAUGAAAAGACCACAUUUUUCUGUUCAGUUGUUUUGUAUCGUACAAAUUGGUGCAUGGAUCAAUAUUUUUUAUUAAUCACCUUGUAGUCAUCGGAUUUCAUGUGGUUUAAUUCCUCACAUAUUUCAUAUUAAAUUGCAUCAUGCAUAUACUACUCCCAUUUGCCAAUUAUCCCCUAAUUGCUAUUUGCUCCCAAUCUGAAAGAUAAUGUUUGAAUCUGACAUUCCAAAUGUUGAAUCAUGAAUGAAUUCAAUAGAAAGGGAAUCGGUGAGCUGACUGGUCUACACAAGACUACAUGUAUAUUUUAAAUUUCUAUGAUAAACCACCAAGGGAAAACAACUCAUGAAAAUGACACUCAUCAGCAGAGGUAUCAAGUAAUAGGUGAAGAUUGGUUCUGUCAUUGUAAAGGGGGCAUUUCCAAUUGAGUAAGUCUGAUUUAAAGUCACUCUUAAUCCAUUGCAUACUGGAAUCAGGUGGGCCCUGUAUAAACAAAUCUGUGGGAAUUAGAGCAUUCAGUAGUCACUGAUAAACAGGUAAACUGCUCAUGGGCACAAUUUGUGACAAAUAAUCUUAUUAGUAGUGCAUUUUCACUUUGACAUACAGGGCUUUCAGCGAUGUGGCACAUGGCAAGGGCUGUAAACAUUUAUUCCGAUUUCUUGAUAUCAAGAAUUGAGGUUUUUUAUAACAAGGAAUGGGAAAAAAUUUUAAAAGGGCUUGCCAUAUGCUGGUGCCGCUGAAAGCUCAGUACGUUGAUGAGCGAAAUUUUACUAAUAAGCUUUAGAGUAUAUCUCAUGAGCGGGAUAUAGUGAUAUGUUAUAACCAGCAUACAACUGACAUCCAGUUGUCACACUUACAUCCCCCCUUGGUCAUCUUGUAUAAAUGUUAACUUACAUAGUAACUUUGUCAUCCAAUGGUAAUUACCAUGAUAAUGAUGCUCAACAGCCAAUCAGAAUCAAGGAUUAUGUUGAAAUUAGCAUAGGAUGGCAGAGUUACCAUAAUAGUAAUAUUAGUAUACAAAUAUACCAGGCUUUCGAGGAAUUAUUUGAGGUUGGUCUAGCAAUUCCUAUUUAUAUUGCCAGUCCAUGCAAUUGAUGAAUAAUUCCCUCUAUACUUUCAGAAAAAAUGGCUGGUACAUUUGUUUUAUAUCCUACUUUCAAUAAGUUUGAACGAUCUUGGUAAGCUAGUCCUUGUGGAUCAUUCACAAUUUAAAGCAAAAUAUAGAUCACAUCAUGCGCUGCACAAAUCCUGAUUAGUUUUGCUGACUGACCUACUUUUCCUUCAGAUGACACUCACCGGUGCAUCCAAGACAGCACAUUAUGUGUGACCUCAAUGAUGGAAUAGUGCACUUAUCCAUUAUUGAUGUCAUGGCAUAGUAAAUUUUCUUCAUGGGCAUUUUUUUUCAACAGCAUAGAUUAUAUUUGGUCACAUGAUGCCAUUUGAACCAAUCACUACACAGGAUAUAAUAACUUUUAUGCAAUAGGCCUCAGGCCUUAUAAGAGAUAAUUCAUGGGGUGAAGUUGAAAUAAUAUACUGAGGUGUUCUGAAAAAUGUGGUUAUCAAAGAUGGGCAUGGAGGAUUUAUGUACAGUGUUAUUACUUGUAGUAUAUGCUCAUUUAGCUAUCUCAGUUCCCCUAUCUCUCCCUCUCUCUCUCUCCCCCUCUCUCUAAGAAUGCCAAAUGAUUUUAAACACAAUUCUAGUUUUUUUUUCAAUCCACUGUAUCAUACACAUUGUGAAUUCAUGGUAGAAAAAGGUCAUCAGCUAUAUAUCAUGGUCCAAAGAUGUAUUCUCUCUGUAUUCUUUUUACUCCUCCUAAGACUAUUGUACAUCAUUCACUCUGUGCCAUACACACAAUGCUAUGUAUCUAUCAUGUCUGAUGAAGAAAUAUUGUCUUGUCAUUUUCAUUGACUUGCUAUUCCUUUGAUGUCUCUACAGACGUAGGGAUAUGAUAUGAGACCAACAUGCUACAUAUCAAUGUAUUUUUAUACUUCAUAUCAUUUAUGGAGCAGAAUAUCUGUCAUCUGUUGCACAAGAUUAUAUGGGUCAUGUAUUGAAGCAUAGUGAUUAGUCAUGAGGCUAAUUUCUAUGAUUGAUCAUACACAAUAAUCUAUGCAAUCAAUCAUAGAAAUCAGUACCACAAUUAAUCACAAAGCUUUAUGCUACCAGGACCUGGUAUCAUUACUCUCACAUUACUAUUAGGAUUUUUAUAUGAUGAUUGGUAAGAUUGAGUGAGAUUAUACUGACAUAUCACCAGAAACCAUAUUGAAGUACAUAUUUUUAAUAUCAAUGGUAGGUUUCCUUGCAAAUAUUUUGCAAGGAUCAUAGUGAUGAUAAAAAGAUCAACAAUGAAUGAUUUCAGGCCAAUGAUUAUAUGCUUCACUGUGAAUUGAACUCAUAACGUAAUUUGGUUAUUUAAAGCAUUAUCAUGUGAAUUGCAGAAUUAUUUUUGUUUUAUAUCAAUGUUGUAAAAACUACAAGGCACUCUUUAAAAAUGUUUAUCAUGUUUAAAAAUACCACAAGCCAUACCAAUUGCCAACACCACCUUCUGUAUAAAUGAAUCACUUCACGUAUGCGUAAGAAAUGUACAUUAUUCAUUCACUCUAGUAUGUGUCUAGUAUGUGUAUACUAGUCGUUUCUUUGAUGUAAACGGGACAAGGUGUACAUGUAUUGAUAUUUUGUACAAAAAUUUACUAAUCACUAUGUGAAUAGAGCACCUUUUCUCUGAAUUGUAUAGUGUAAAGUUAUUUAAAAGAUGCAACCUGAUUAUUACCCUUUAAAAAUUUGUAGAGUGAUUAUUUUAUUAGAGAGCUGGCUUGACGCCAAAAAUCAAGAUUAUCUAUCGAUUUAAAGGAAACGUGUUCAAUGUGUGCUCCUUCUAUCUACCUUACACACAAACCAUCAAAGAUAUAUCAAUAUCUUAUUCCUUUACAAAGAAUAUUCCACAAAUCAUAUGAUGUUUUGGCCCUUUGCACUUGCAUUCUUAAUAUAUUCCUUGUUUUGUAACUGAAAUUAUGAGCAUUCCAUGUUUGUCAGGUCCAAGUAUAGAAAUCAUAUAUAUAGACUUGUUUUGCUGUAUUCUUAACCAAAAGAUCUCUGACCUUUAUAGCAGAUGCAACAAAGAGUUGGUUUCACAAAAAAAAAUGAAGUGUAACUUUGCAGUCUGCUUCAAUCCUGUGUGAUGCAUAUUCUAUCACCCCAUUGGACUGAUAAUGUUCACUGCAUAUUCAUCAAUGGGAGUUAUGUGCACGUUGAUGCUCAUGUAUGAUGUCAAGUACACUUUAACCCUGUGUGAAACAGCUCCUGAAUACACAAGAUAAGUUCUUCAUGAUGGUGAUAUUAAAUUAAGAUUAAGUUUGGUAUUCAAAAUUUAUUUUACCUGGUGGGUGUUUCAUAAAGCUACAUGUACAUGUAAAGUAACGAGCUACAAUGUCCUUUAUGAUUGACUGGUGACCCUUUCCUAGGUACUAAAUCAAUGCCUAUGAAAAUCUGGUGAAUGUCAUUUACCACAGGACACGAUCACCAGUCGUUCUUUAAGUCACUAGCUACUUAGGAACAGCUUUAUGAAACACCCACCUGUGAGAGUUUCAACACUGGGCUGUAAUUUUCAUCAAACAGACAUUCAUAACAUUCCUUCUUCAAAGGAAAAUACUUUGUACUCCCAUCAUUUUGAAAUGUUUCUUUUUCAUAGAGAAUUCAAUUACCGGUACAUGUUUUUAUUUUAAACAUCGAUUUUAAACACCUACAUCCUUGAACCAUUUCAUGAAAGGUUUCCGCACUGACAAGUUUCUAUAAUUGAACUGUUACCAUAGUAACAGUCAAGCAAGACUCCUGUACAUCUCAGCCGAUUAAACCCAAUGAAAGUUGCCAGAUCUGACUGAGGAGUAUAGGAGUCUCAAGAAUGACAGCAUUUUCCUGAAAAUGUUUUUAUUUUCACCCAUUCAGAAAUGAGCUAGGUUAAAAAUGUGCUGUUUAGAAGACAUUCCAAUAAUUACUUCAUGAAUUAAUAUAAAGGAUAUUUUUUUAAAGGAGGGGGUUACAAAUGAAGAUUCAGCUUCUUUACCUUGCUAACAAUUCCUUUGAAAAUCCUUGAUUAUCUCUGUAUUCACUUUAUUUAUUUUAUCAUCAUCUAACUAGGUUUAUCCAUCUGCCUAAGCCCUCAUAACCUAGGCAACCAGCACCAAUUUCCUUCAAUAUUGUCUGUGUGUCCAACAUCAUCAGUACAUGACACUUGAGCCAGGGUCCCGUUUUACAAAGUGUUGUGAUUAAUCCAAUCAACCACGACUAUGGAAAGCUAAAGCUAGCAAGCCCAACAUCUAAAAUGCAUGUUUGUUAAGUGUUUUUUUCUAAAUAUAUAUUUAUCAGACAUGAAUCAUUGUCUUUAAAAUUCAAUGUGCUUCUCUUCAUUUCUAAAGGGUUAGCAUGUACAUUUCCUGAAUAAGCUUUCCCUAGUUGAGGUUGAUCUUUGUAAGAUGGGGCACCAGAAUACCAUCAUAAAAUGACAGGAUGAUGGAUAUUGGUUUUGCCACUAUUUGUAUUCUGUUUAUAUUUUUUGUGUAAAUUAUUACCUGUUUACUUUAUGAAGUUCUUGCUCAUAUUCUUUGUUAUUAUUCUGGUAAUGUAAGCCUCAAUCAAGAUGUUUUUAUUCUAUUUCCUUUAAAGAUCUCCCACACAGAAUGCCACUUGAGCAAUAAAAUCAGAUAGAUAAGGAAAAAAAU